CGCAGCAGCAGCGGCGCAGCUUUUGACGUUCCCAAUGUCUGUGUUAUGAGACCUCUGUUUUGUAAGCUACAUUUAUCUCGGAUCACUGUUUGCGCAGCAGGUGGACCGGUUGCGUAAGCUUUGCACUGGCAACAAAGUAAGGACGUAACAGCUUCUCGUCAGGCUGAUUUUUAAAAAAAAAAAAAAGACAACCCGUUGUCUGCUUGUGAGUUUGCACUAGCAGACACACAAUGUUUCCAGCUAGCAGAUACUCAUGUCAAGCCCACAGAUGUAUUAGGGCACUGAAGACAAUACAGCCAGAGCAUGCUGCCCCUCAGCUCUACACAUCACUACACAGAAGGACAUGCUCUACAGUGUCAACACCCCGCAUUACCACACACUACACCAUCCAUCCUCGAGAUACAGAUCCAAGAUGGGAAGGUGUCGAAAUGGAGAGGUUUGCCGAUGAGGCAGAUGUGGUAAUAGUAGGCGGAGGUCCUGCUGGUCUUGCAGCAGCCAUUCGUCUUAAGCAGCUAGCCAACAAACAUGAGAAGGAGCUGCGAGUGUGCCUUGUUGAGAAGGCCCCUCAGAUUGGAGCGCACACACUAUCAGGGGCCUGCCUGGAGCCCAGUGCCCUUACUGAGCUCAUUCCUGAUUGGAAGGAACGUGGGGCACCGUUGAACACUCCAGUGACUGAAGAUGUGUUCAGUAUUUUAACAGAGAAACACAGAAUCCCUAUUCCCAUAUUGCCAGGCCUGCCCAUGCAGAAUCAUGGUAACUACAUUAUCAGGAUGGGGAACCUUGUGCGCUGGCUGGGGGAGCAGGCUGAGGAGCUUGGAGUUGAGCUGUACCCUGGUUAUGCUGCAGCUGAAGUUUUAUUUCAUGAAGAUGGAAGUGUAAAAGGAAUUGCCACCAAUGAUGUAGGCAUUGCCAAGGAUGGCUCACCCAAGGAUGUUUUUGAGAGGGGAAUGGAGCUCCAUGCGAAAGUCACGUUAUUUGGUGAAGGCUGUCACGGCCACUUAGCCAAGCAGCUUUACAACAAGUUCAGCCUGCGUGAGAACUGUGAGCCCCAAACCUAUGCCAUUGGACUGAAAGAGGUGUGGAUGAUUGAUGAGAAGAAGUGGAGGCCCGGCAGAGUGGAGCAUUCUGUGGGCUGGCCCCUGGACAGAAACACGUAUGGAGGAUCCUUUCUGUAUCAUCUAAAUGAAGGAGAGCCAUUAGUGGCCUUGGGCUUUGUUGUUGGUCUAGACUACACCAAUCCUUACCUGAGCCCCUUCAGAGAGUUCCAGCGCUGGAAACACCAUCCUUUUGUAGCUCCCACACUGGAGGGAGGCCAGAGAAUUGCCUAUGGUGCCAGGGCCCUGAAUGAGGGAGGAUUUCAGUCUAUCCCAAAGUUGACUUUCCCUGGAGGGCUGCUGAUCGGAUGCAGCCCUGGUUUCAUGAAUGUGCCAAAGAUCAAAGGCACCCACACAGCAAUGAAGAGCGGCAUGCUGGCUGCUGAGGCCAUUUUCCCCAAAGUCACAGCAGAGAAUCUGGACUCGGAGACAGCAGGACUCCACAUACCUGAAUAUGCUGAGAACUUGAAGAAUUCUUGGGUGUGGAAGGAGUUGUAUGCAGUAAGAAAUAUCAGGCCAUCAUUCCACAAUUACUUUGGCCUGUACGGUGGUAUGAUCUACACCGGGAUUUUCUACUGGAUCCUCAGAGGAAAAGAGCCUUGGACCUUCAAACACUGCGGUACUGAUGCAAGCCAGCUGAAACCAGCUAAGGAAUGUACACCGAUCGAGUAUCCCAAGCCCGACGGCAAGAUAAGCUUUGACUUACUGUCCUCUGUGGCGCUGAGUGGGACCAACCACGAGGGGGACCAGCCCCCGCAUCUAACCUUAAAAGAUGACAGCAUCCCAGUCGCCAAGAACUUGGCUAUUUAUGAUGGACCCGAGCAACGUUUCUGCCCCGCAGGAGUGUACGAGUAUGUUCCCAUGGAAACAGGAGACGGGAUGAGGCUGCAGAUCAACGCUCAGAACUGUGUCCACUGUAAGACCUGCGAUAUCAAGGACCCGAGCCAGAACAUCAACUGGGUUGUGCCGGAGGGCGGUGGCGGACCAGCUUACAAUGGGCUGUGACCAUCCUGUCUGUUUCUACCUUUUCUGUUGAAAGAUUAUGCAAGUGUGGAAAAUGUGCCUGAGUAUGGAGAUCAGUAACUGUAGUUAUUUGAGGGUACAAAAAAAAAGAAAGAACAAAGGAUGUUAAAACUGUAUUUUGAGAUGCAGUUCAGCAGGGCCAUGUUAAACUUCAGUCUGAAUUUGCAGUUUUUCACUGCUUUGGAGGCAUUUUAAACAGUUUAAAAGUGAUUCUUUUAUGUUUUUAAGAAAUACUUGAUCAACUGUGAUAGUGUGUGUAUAUAUAUCGUCACCUCAGGUUCAUUUCAGCACCACUGGUAGAAUAUGCAGUAUAAUACAGUAUUGUAUAUAUUAGAAUGUGCCAGUACUGAAUAAAGAAACUUGACGGUUA